AUGUCAGGAAAAAUUUGUGGAUUAAUUGCACGUAUUCGAAAUAUUAUACCAUCAGUUACUUGGCAUCAUUGCUGUAUUCAUCGUGAAGCUAUUGUCUCUAAGAAAAUACCAACAAAAUUAAAAGAAGUUUUAGAUGAAGCUGUAAAAAUUGUGAACUUUAUAAAAGCCAAAUCAUUAAAUUCAAGACUUUUUGAACAACUUUGCAAGGACAUGGAUAGUGAACAUUAUCAACUUCUGUUACAUUCUGAAAUUCGUUGGUUAUCUCGGGGUAAAGUGCUCUCUCGUUUGUUUGAGUUAAGACAUGAGGUUAGAUUAUUUUUCAUCGAACAUAAAUCACCAUUUACGUUAAGUGAACGUUUAAAUGAUUUUUCUUGGUUGGCUAGUUUAGCGUACCUUUCAGAUAUAUUUGCUCAUUUAAAUGUACUUAACUUGAGUCUUCAAGGGUCCCAUGUUACAAUUUUUAAAGUUGAAGAUAAAAUUGAAGCGAUGAUAAAAAAGUUGGAACAAUGGAACUAUCGUCUAUCAAAGAAAAAUUACGAUUCAUUUCAAAACUUCAAUAAUUUCCUUGAAUUGACUAAAAAAGAAUUAUCCGGAGAAGUUUCCAAAAACAUCAAACAACAUAUUGAAGAUCUGCAACGAAGCUUCCGCGAUUAUUUUCUUGUUUCAGACACAAAUAGAAACUGGAUUAGACACCCUUUUGAAAUUGAUAUAACCCAAAUUAAUGGACUGACAUCACUGGAAGAAGAUAAUCUUAUAGAAAUUUCUACAAAUGGUAGUUUAAAAUUACAAUUUAAUCAAAAGUCGUUAGAAAAUUUUUGGUUGCACGUACAAAAAGAUUAUCCAGUAUUAUCAAGUAAAGCUCUGAAAGUUUUAAUUCCGUUCCCCACAACUUAUUUAUGUGAAAAGGCCUUUUCCGCUCUUGUCAAAAACAAGUUUCGCAAUCGUUUGGAAAACGUAGAGUCCGAACUUCGAUUAAAACUUUCAAAUAUUGAGCCUAAUAUAGAAAAAUUAAUGUCAGAAAUGCAAUAUCAUCCUUCACAUUAA